AGAGGGCAAAGUUAGUCAGCAAGUUCUGAUUCUUCGAGCCCUCUUUUUAGUACGCAAGUGUGGCACAAUGUUGUACUGUGUGUUCCAGCCGAAUGGCGCGCUGAAGAAAACAAUGAAAGGAGCGGACAAAGCGAUUGUGGCAAAGUCCUUUGGAAAAUGGGAAAGCGGCUCUCUGAGGUCCAGGACCGUGGAGAAGCCGGAUGAGCUGUCCGAGGAGAGCGAGUGCGAGAAGCCGUCCAGGAGCACCGGCGAGGACCCUCAAGUCGGUGAGAAAGCAGCAGAUAAACGUGACGCUCGGUUCAUGAUGGCCUACGAUGUUUCGUGGCUACAUAUGAAGCGGAAUGAACUAAUUUCCAGUAGGCGAGCCAACCACAGGACUCAAGGGAAUGAAGCACAUGAACAGCUCCUGAGAGACAAGACGAGUGUCGUCGAUAAGGCCCAAGAGUGUGGAGCUGGCAUCUUUCCCAACACAGCACCCUCCAAACAACAUUCAAAGAUGGAUUCUGAAGGCGAGGAGCAGAGCGUGAAAAUCUGCAGCGCAGAUCUGACCAGUCAAGACUUUAUCGUUGAGACAAACAGCCCGUAUGGGUCAUCGGUUCGUAAGCGAAGCGCUCAAGACGGGGUGCAGGGGGCCCCCAUCAAUAAGCGGAAGUCCCUGCUGAUGAAGCCGCGCCACUACAGCCCCAGCGAGGCCUGCGAUGAGGAGAGCGAGGACCCGGCGCCGCGGCGGCACAAAGAAGCGGCGAGGAGCGCCGACACUCCAGCAGAUGGAAACUUGAGUCCAAUCAAUGGCGUGCCGGACAGAAAUGGCCGCUCCAACGAUUCACUGGGGUGGUUGGAGAUGACACCUGAGGGCUCGCCGCAGUGCGAGGUCAGCACGCCAGAAAUGUACGACGACGAUGAUGAAGAAGUAGAGGACGACCAAAGUCAGGACAGACUAAGCGGGUCGUCGUCCCCACAGAGCCCGAGGGAGCUCCGGUGGGCCCUCUCUGCAAAAACGAACGGCUUGAGCCCCUCCGGAAUCUGUGACGACUCUUCACCCCUGAAGGAAGAACCUCAACUGGACCUGAGCUCAGGCCUUUUCCAGAGAUACAGGCCGGAGGAGGAGCGAGACAGCGACACGGAGGUGGAGAGGCCCCCGCGGCUGGAGGGCUGGGCGCUAGACCACCUCCACCAGAGAGGCCUGGAAGUGGGCCACGGCAGAGUCAAUCUAAGCUUGUUGGAGCAGGCCAUUGCCCUGCAGACGGAACAGAGGCAGGUCCUGCAUCAUGCCUACCGCGAGAUGGAUCGUUUCCUCAUGGAGCAGAUGACCAAUGAGAGGCGGCAUCAGCGCAUGAUGGACAUGGACAACAGGAUCAGCUGCCAUUCAGGCAAAGACUCUCCGCGGACAGACAAGCGGGACAUCAGGUGUCCCACGCCGGGCUGCGAUGGCACGGGUCACGUCACCGGACUGUACCCCCAUCACAGAAGUUUGUCCGGGUGUCCUCAUAAAGUGCGAGUUCCUCCAGAGAUCUUGGCCAUGCACGAGAACGUCCUAAAGUGUCCCACUCCUGGCUGCACGGGAAGAGGCCAUGUCAACAGCAACCGCAGCACUCACCGGAGUCUGUCGGGCUGCCCCAUCGCCGCUGCGGUGAAAAUCUCCAAACCUCAGGACGAGAGCCUGAAAAACAGACAAACGCCCGAUCGCUCGCCGAGGGUCAUGGGCCUGGUCAAGAAGUUCGAUCUGAGCCAGUUGAACUACCGCCUGGCUCAUCCGAUGGCCGCCCUGCAGAGCAGCCUGGCCAAGGACAUGGACAAGUACAGCAGGAUCCGCUUUGACUACGCCAGCUUCGACGCGCAGGUCUUCGGAAAGCAGCCGCUCAAUGGUGUCAGCCACGAUGUGGAAGUCUCACGCUAUCCCGACUCACCUCAGCAGUAUCAUCCUGGUUUCCUGGCGGCUCCAGGCGGCCGCUUGCCGACCUCCGGCAGGCACAGCCCACCACCUAGUCACUUUAAGCAAGAAGACGGCGGCCCCCCAAGCGCCGCCACAGCUGCCAUCCUCAACCUCUCCACUCGCUACCGGGAGAGCGGCGAGACGGCGGCCAUGCGGCCCCUGGCAACCGCAACAAAGGAUGCUGGCCACCUCUGUUCGAAUCUGAGACAUCCUUCAUUCAACCGAUCACUUAAUUCGUCCUCUGAAAUUAAGGACAUGCAUAUAGAGGUGGAUGAAAACGGCACCUUAGACCUGAGCAUGAAGAAAAGUAAGGAAAGCGCCCAUUCCAAAGCGCCUUCGGACGACCAAGUGCUCCCGGAGCAGGCGGCGGCCAAAGGAUGUGGCGGCGUGCUGAUAAGCCCCGCCUUCUACCGUCAGCUGUGCGACAGGGACAGCUGGGACAGCCCCGUUCCCGUAGACUUUGGUCAAGCUCACGUCUUACAUGAGAAUGAGCAGGAGGAGUUUGAUCAAGUCAGCAUGGAGGAGCAGCACUACCAAGGCGAGGCGGGCAUGAUGAAGGCCAAGAUGCUCCUACAGAGAGAGUCCAAGAAAGAGCUUCUGAGCUGUCCGACCCCGGGCUGUGACGGCAGCGGCCACGUGACGGGGAAUUAUGCAUCGCAUCGGAGCGUGUCGGGAUGUCCCCUGGCUGACAAGACACUCAAGUCGCUGAUGGCAGCCAACUCUCAGGAACUAAAGUGCCCGACACCUGGUUGUGAUGGAUCGGGACACGUGACGGGGAACUACGCGUCGCACCGAAGCCUGUCAGGGUGUCCACGUGCCAGAAAAGGAGGUUUAAAGCUCACCCCGAGCAAGGAGGACAAAGAUGAGCAAGAGCUUAAGUGUCCGGUUUUUGGCUGCGAGGGCCAGGGCCACAUAUCGGGCAAGUACACGUCUCAUCGCAGCGCCAGCAGUUGUCCGCUGGCCGCUAGGAGACAGAAGGAGGCCUCCUCCCUCAACGGACUGCCCUUUGCCUGGAAGAGCAACAAGCAGGAGUUGCCUCACUGCCCUCUGCCCGGCUGCAAUGGCCUCGGUCACGCCAACAAUGUGUUUGCCACGCACAGAAGCUUGUCAGGAUGUCCGCUGAAUGCGCAAAGUAUCAAGAAAAAGCACUCGGAAGAGGAGAUGAUGACCAUCAAACUGAAGGCCAGCAGCGGCAUUGAAAGCAAAGAGGACGGUCAAUAUUUGGAGCAGGAUAUUGAGCAACUGAAUGAAUCCAACAUGCAAAUGGAGGCGGACAUGAAGCAGCUGCAGACGCAGAUCUCUUCGAUGGAGUGCAACCUGAAGAGCAUCGAAGAGGAGAACAAGAUGAUGGAGCAGCACAACGACGGCCUCCUCAAGGAGUUGGCUCGCCUCAGCCAAGCGCUCAUCAGCAGCCUCACUGACAUCCAGCUGCCUCAAAUGGUACCGCGCGCGCGCGCGCACACACACACACACACACACACACACACACACACGCCUGAGCCAGGACAUUGCAUUUCAAUAGCAAGCCGUGUUUUUUGCCGUGCGCAGGGGCCCAUCAGCGAGCACAACUUCGAAGCCUACGUGAACACGCUGACGGACAUGUACAACAAGUCGCAGCGCGAGUAUUCGCCCGAGUGCAAGGCUCUGCUGGAUAACAUCAAGAAGGCCAUCAAAGGUAUCCACGUUUGAGCUUCGCCGACCGGGCGCACAUGCGACACGUCAAUGUCAAAGGCCGCUUUGAGAGACGGCCACGUUUGUACUGCUUUUCACUUUGGUUCCUUUGAUCCUGCUGAGAUUUCCACUUCUCUUGCACUUCGUUUUCUUUUGAUGACAGUUAUUUAUGAUGAUGAUUCUUAUUAUCCAUCAUUAUCGAUAUCCUAUUUGUCCAUCGCUGUAUUUAUUAUUAUGAGCAUUAUUAUCAUUUGACUCAUGUGUAUUUAUUUCUAGAGAUGUAAAUGAUUGAGAAUCCCCUCCCCCCCUCCAAAAAAAAAACAACAUUCCAAUUUUGUGGCGCACGUGCAUUACAGUUAGCUCUUCAUUAAAAAAAAAGUACUAGUACACCAAAAGUGAACCUAUUUUUAUUGGAACGUGAAUGUAUGCUAGAUGAUGUGACAACACUGCAAUGCCACUGUACUGUACCUUUUCCUUUUUUUUUGUCUUUAUAUCAAUUUAAACGGCAAAAAUGCAUAAGAAAAAUCCACUUUUUCCAUUACAAUCAAAUAUAAUUAUUCUAAAACUGCCUUCUGUGCACACACACGCACACACACACACACACACACACACAUGCAAACACACACACACACACACACGCACACACACACACACGCACACAUGCACACACACACACACACACACACACAGGUGAGGUGUGCAUGUCGUACGUGCCUAAAUGUAUAUGGAUCAGUUUUAAAAUAUUUUAAAAGGAAAAAAAAAAGACUACAAGUACUAUGUUUUGUUUGUGCUAGGGCAGUAUUACGUGAAUGGUGUUUCAUUUAUUCACAGUACAAUUAUUUUCGUAAGCGGAGGACCGGCGUUCCUGAUGACUGUUUCUAUAGCUCAGUAGCUGAUUGCAAUUAUUUCUGAUGUGAUCCUUUUGCAAGCAUUGUGAGGUCAGAGCAAACACAAAUGGAUUCCUGAUUCACAUUUUUACAAGUGCUUCAAAAAGCCUUAACACUCCUUCCUUAAGACACUUGCUAUAUUCUUGUAUCGCUUGGGACAGAUUUGAAGUGUAGCUACUUUAAAAAAGAAAAAAUAAAGUUUUACUUUCAUCAAAUUAUCCCAAAUCCCCCCAAAAAGGUAGAAAAAUCAAAUAACAUGUUGAUAAAUCAAUUCUUUGCAAUUUUGCAAUUGACUUUACUUUGAAACAGGUGUGUGGGCCAUGCUAAUACCACAAAUGUUCUGACACUGUACAUCAUAAGAUUUAUACAUUUUGCAUUAUUUUCCACAAAUGUACUUUGGCCCCGGGAGGAGAUUUUUAAAAACUGAAAAGGUUUACCAGCCGUGCUUUAAAUUUUUUUGCUCUCACUUUUGAUCCCCCAAAAACAACAAAGCACAUUUCUGUCAACAUGUAGCCAAGCUUACUAUUUUCAUGAAAAAAAACAAGAGCCAAAUUAUCACAGCACCACUCCUAUUUUAUCCAAAUAAUGUUUUAAAAAUAAUCCUAAAAAGUUUGAUUCCUCAAAUGUAAUCCUUUAUUUCUAUUUUCUUAUAUUUAAUUCCUACCACAUGCAUUGUUUGCUCAGGAAGCUCUGUGAAUAAUAUUUAUUUAUCCCCCCCUUCCCAGCCCCCCACAUUUCUUCCUGUUAGUAUUUGAUGUUUUGUAAUGUGAAAUGCUUCUUUUUCGUGGAACGAUUAUUAUUAGUAUGAUAUGAGAUUGUAUUGUUUUUUUUGUUUUUUGUUUUCCUUUUUUUUAUUGGACAGGAUGACGUAAUGAUUGAAAUUUUCCGUUGAAGUGUGUUUGUACAUUCAAACUUACUUUCACGAUUUCAUAAAUUACACACACAAAAAGAUAUGCGCUGUGUUGUACAGUUUGUGUAUGGUAGAAAUAAACUUUUCAAACAUU